AUGGCUUCCUUUGGGAUCAACAAGAAGGCAUCGAACAUCAUUGUUGUGUCGUCAAUGAAGCACAAAGCUGCUGCGAUAUCUGCUUCAGAAAAUACUAUACCUGUGCGACUGGCUGCUCUACUGCGGGCUUAUGCGCAGAUACUCUUGUUUGCCUUCAAGGUUGCAAUGCAAACGGAGCAACGUGCGUCGGCGCCUGUGGUUUCUGCCCCUGAGACCACUCUUGCCGCAACCUUAUCAGCUUCGAUCUUUGAUCCUGGAAAAUGGAUCCAGCUCUACCACAAAUAUGGAGAUUCGUUUGUUUGUAAUUUCGCAACUUGUUUCCCAAGUCAUCGAUAA